AUGUUAUUAUGAUCUUUGCAUGAACAGAUUUCUUUUUUUAUUUUUUUAUUUUUUCUUCUUCUUGCAUGAACAGAUUUCACAUGACCAGUUUAGUUCAUUUUUAUACAAGUUAGAGUAUGAUUUUAUUUCAACACAUUUUGAAUGGAAUACAUCCUCCAUUAACACCCAAUGGGAAACUGAAAAACAUAAAGAUAGAAUAGGCUAUUUUGCCCUGCAGCUCUGACUAGACUCAGUUUUUCCAGACUUGUGUAUUUUCAUUUCAAACCAACGGCAGCAGUAGGAACGUAUUUUAUUUUACAAGUUUCUCAGCAGAAUCGCUCUUGUUAGUCGUGUCCAAAGGUUCAGGAUGGUCCACCCGCUCCGCCUCUGUGCUCAGAGACAGAUGGAGCUCACAGAUUAACACGCUAAAAGCAGAUUAGCUCAGUUCAGGACUGGCAGGUUUCUUUACAACUAACAGGCUGUUGUAAGCCCUGCUGAAAUCUCUGUUGGAAUAUAUGUAGGAUCCUAAAACUAUAAAAAAAAAAGUGGCACACAGCUGCUUCAUUUUGGACAGAGGUAAUAGUAAAACCAAAAUGUCUUUAAUUCUGCACAGUCUCCUGUUAAAUAAAAUAACGUGGACACAAAAUACAAGUACAAUCAAGGCCGCCAGCAGCGUCGGAUGGCCUGUAGGCACUACCCGCUUCUGCCCUAGCAGCCCCCUCUCCAUUAGCCCUUGCUGCACCCAAAACUCACCCUUUCUGUCUGCCCUCACUGGAUUAGCAGCCGCUUCACAAAAGUUUACUUUUUCUAACAAUUUUAAAAAUUAUUACUUUGCUAAUGUGGCUCCCAUUGCAUUUAGCAUCACCAACUGUUUCAGAAAAACACAUUACUAAGAUGCUAAUAAUGAAAACUAUGCUAAUGUGGCUAAAGGUAGUAGCAUUGUCAUCAGCAUUAUCAUCUGUCUCAGGGAUACCCAUUGCUUAGCAACUGUAAGUGUGUGUGCUAGUAUCGGGUAGUGACAGUUCCGUGAACACCGUAUACUUAAAGCACGUUCAAGAAUCUGCAGUGUGUUCAAAUUUGCCCCACCUGCCCAUUGCGUGCACAGUGUUCCCCCGUGUAUUCGCGGUUUCAUGUGUUCACUGGUUUUUUCAUUCUCGUGACUCCUCCAGUUCAUCACAAAAACUCAGCUGCGGUGAGGUGAGGUGCAUCCUCGCCAGCUGCUGAAUGCAAGGCCAGUUCAUCAGCUGUUAUGGAGGAGAGUGACCUGCUGCAGAAAAGACUUCAGGCCAUCACCGAGAAGCAUCGAAUACAAGAGGACAUUCGACACAAGAAACUGGAACUUGAUCAAAUGAAACUCCAGUUUCAGCAGAUGAAGAACUUUCAGAAGAAAACCCUGAGAGAUCAGUGGUUGCAGCAGGACCUGGACCACCACCAGCAACAGGGACGGCUGCAGGACCCCCAGCAGACCAAAGCUCUGCAGCUCAGCAUCUACAGAACUGAGCUGGAGGUGGCAUCUUUGGAGAGAGAGGAGGCCAUGAUUUCAACCGAUGAGAGCUUUAUCCUGAACAGACUGAAGGUAGUGGAGAGAAGUCCAGAAGACAUCAUUAAGGAGGUGCUCAGCAGACUCAGUCCUGAGUUAUUGCAGGUCCAUAAUCUGACCACUGAUGUCCCAGAUGUCCCAAGGUUACCAGGAAACCAACACUCGAAACCAAACACACCAAGCAAGACUCUGUUUGCCAUGAUUACCGAUUCUGCCCCACCUGAAGAGUUAAACCCUCUCACCGGGCCAGACGCCUCUGAUGGAGGACGAAGGCACCUUCAUGGUCUCCAUCCUCAACAGUGGUCACGGGACUAUAGAUGUGCUUCUGAUUUGUCAGCUAUGGAAGUGGACCAGCUGAUGAGAUGUGCUGCAGGGCAGCACCAGAUAAAACUCCAACUCCAUCCAAAUGCCGUUAAAAACAUGGCAGACAUCAAAGCUCAUGACUGCUGGCAUCACGAGCAAAAGAAGGCUCAGGAUGGGACCCAUGUGGAGCUGGAGGAUCAGCAUCUAUGUUUGUACUGUAAGAGCAGAGGCCACAGCGUCCUCGAGGAUGACACAGCUCUGUUCAAUGCCGACGGCGUGAUCCAAGGCCGCAGUCGGAUAAACCAGCACAGGUCCAGCAGAGUUCUACCUCCAGGACCGCCUCAGCAGGAUGCUGGCACAGCUGCCAGAUACAGCAGGCCUUCUUUAAGGGAUGACAUCCGAGGGGACAUUGGUGGUCUUCACUGCUGCGGCUCGCCGCUCUGCCAUGUUAACAUUGAGACAGAGAACAACCACAGACACUGCUCCUGUCUUUACAGAGAGCCUAGAACAGCAUCCCCUCUCUACGCAGAAGACGGUCCUUACACCAUUCUCCACACUCUGGAAAGCUCUGAGCCAGUCACAGCCAUCUUUAUGGGACUCCAGAAAACCCAGGAUGACGGCCAACACGCUGAAGAGUUUGACGGCUGUCUUCGGGCUGAGCUGGUCGUCAUUAGGGAUGACCACUCUGAAGACACAAAUGAACCCAUUCCCGCCAAAAAUCCAGCUCCUGAAAACAGAGAACAGGCAGGAGCUGGAGACAAAUGGUCAGAGAGGCAAGUGAAGCACACGAGUGUCAGAAAACUCCAGAAAAAGAAACAGUCCUGCUGCAGUGUCUGCUAACUGAAGGCUGAGGGUUCAAUAAGACCUGGGAGCCACACAUCCUGUAACCGAGCUUCUGCAGGCGGCUGUGGCUCUCAUGGACGAUUUUAGGUUUGAAAAGAAAAAAACAAUAAAUAAAUGUUCUCUAUUGGAACCAAUCAUGUUAGUUACCUGUAAUGACAUGUUCCCUGUCCAGUGCUGUCAAUGUAUUUUAUACCCUGCAGAAGCAGAAACAGCUUUUCUGUGAACAUC